UAACAUAAAUAUUGGAUCUACUGGUAGAAACAACGACUCUUAUAUUUUCGAAAAGAGUGCAUAGAAAAGAUUCCAUGAAACUGCCGAUAUUUUUACGCAGAAUGGCAAAUUUAUAGGCGGCAUCAAUGUACCCGUUCUACUAAUAGGCGAUUCUGCUUUUCGGUAUAUGAUGAAACCGUUUUUAUAUUCGCCGAAUCAGCCUUCUAUAGAAAAAACCUUUAACUACCAACUAUCUAGGUGUCGUCGUCUAAUCGAAAAUGCAUUCGGUCAACUUAAAGCACGGUUCAGAAAAAUAGGUAGAGGCUUACAAGUCGCCCUAAAAAAAACAUAAGCACCAUAGUUAGAACAUGCUGCAUUUUGCACAACUUCUUGAAAUUAAAAAAUGACGAAGUUUCUAUUGGUUGGAUGCAAGAUUCAAGAGAAGAUAUUUAUGCUAGAAGUCAGCCAAGCCACACUACAAGAGUUGGCGAAAAUGAUGAGAGUGCGACCGCUAUUAGAACUGCAAUAGCUCGCAGUUUCCAAGAAGCAGGUGCAGAUGAAUCACGAGGCGAUACAGCUGAUGCUAAAAGCAGUGGUACUGGCGAGGGCGUCGAUGCUGCUGCUAUGGAUGUCGAUGGUGAAGGUGUUGACGGUGCUAACGGAGGCGAUGGAGAUGGUGCUACUACCGACUGGCUGGAUUCAUUUAGUAUUGUGUCCUGGGAACAUAUGCAAAUAUUUUGGAAAACAAAAUAAA